UUAGUAAUUUGGCACCUAUUAUUAUAUGAGUUUAUGACAUCACUUCUCCAAAAACUUAGAAAAGUAUCAUGCAAGUUCCUCAAGGUUUGGUUAGGGAAAUCCCCAGCCUUUAGUAUAUAAGACCUCCUUUGUCCCUUUGCUGUCACGUCUGCUGGCCGAGAAGAUGAAGCACACACAGGUGGCUGUGCUGCUCCUCAUGCAGAGCGUGAGGGCUCUGACUGCAACAACAACAGUAAGAGAAGAGACCACUUAUAUGACCACUCAUAUGACCACUCCAUAUCUGAGAGAGCCUGACAUGACGACUGAAGUCCUGCACGCUUCCCCAAAGCUCUUCACCAAUGUGUCUGGCUCUGUGGAUGACAGGGGAUCUUGCCAGUGCUCUGUGUACUUGCCGGAUACCACCUUCCCAGUGCAGAAGGCUGAGAAAUUGGAAAUUAUAGCCGCAACGCUCUCGGAGAAAUUUGAGUUAGAGCUUUCUAAAGUUAGAGAGUACUCAGAAAUGAUUGAACUGUAUCAGAAGCAAAUCGUUAAUCUAACCAUCAGAGUGGAGCAUAUGGAGCACACCAGUGUAUCUUACACAGAACUGGACUUCCAGUUACUGAAAAUGGAAAUCAGUGACCUAGAGAGGCUGGUCACUCAGCUGAAAUCCAGCCUUGUUGGAAGCAAUGUCAUCGUUGAGCAAAUAUAUUUGGAGAUCAAAAAUCUGACUAUACUGGUAAAUGAACUAGAAUCACUGGACAAAAACAACGUCCUUGCAAUUCGUCGGCAAAUUGUGUCUCUGCAGAAUCGAUUGAAAGAGUGUGAAGAGAGCAGAAACAAAACUACAGUACCCCCUUAUUUCCCACCAGGUAGCUGCAUUCACCGUGGACUGCUGAAUGUUAGCCAGCCCUAUGUUGUAAAGCUGAACUGGAGAGGAUUUUCCUACAAAUACGGUUCCUGGGGUAGAGAUUACUCUCCCUCUAACCCAGAGGAAGAAGUCUAUUGGGUUGCACCAUUGAACACAGAUGGGAGAUACUUGGAAUACUACAGAAUUUAUAGUUCCUUUGAUGAUUUGCUGCUCUUUAAACCCCUGUAUGAAACUAGAGUAGUGUAUGGGGAGGGAAGUGGUGCUGCCCUUUAUAAUAACUUUUUGUACUAUCAUGCUUAUAGUUCAAGACAAAUGGUGAAGCAUAAUAUAAAAACAAGCACCGAUGUUUUGAGAAAGGAUCUUCCAGAUGCUGCUACUGGUAGCCGUUUCUCUUAUGCAGGUGUAUCAUGGCAAGACAUAGACUUUGCUGUGGAUGAAAGUGGGUUAUGGGUAAUAUAUUCAACAGAAAAUAACUUGGGCAACAUUGUGAUUAGCAAACUCAAUGAGACCACACUUGAUGUGCUAAGUACUUGGCAGACAAGACAGUACAAGCCAUCUGUUUCCAACGCUUUCAUAUUAUGUGGUGUUCUGUAUGCCACAAGGCCAGUAAACACUAGGAAAGAGGAGAUCUUCUACAUGUAUGACACAAAUACUGGCCAAGAAGGUAGAGUAAGUGUCAUGAUAGAUAAAAAGUUAUCUACAAUCCAGAGUAUUGAUUAUAGCCCCUCAGAUCAGAAACUGUAUGUUUACAAUGAUGGUUACCUUCUAAGAUAUGAUGUGACCUUUCAGUCUUAACAUCUCAGUGCCAUAAGCAUGUGAUAAAACUGGCAGCAUCUGAAAUGAGAGAUCCAAUUAGACAAUGCUAUUGGUGGUUUAGGGUUUAUCUGGUCUGGUAUACUCUAUCUGGUAUCCGGGGUGAUGGUGUUAUAUAUAUUAUUUGUACUCUUUAAGGGAAUUAGUAGUAUUGCUGGCAGCAGUGCCUGUCAGUACUGGGUUCUUUACGUUUUGAUUGGUGUUCAUUGGUGUUUUGUGCUUUACAAUAGUCCUGCCACUGGGGGUAGAUUUACUGUACAGAUUUAGUGCAUUUUGUUCCCAGAAAUUGAUGGGCACAGCCUAUCUACUGACCAAGAAGACAAUUAUCCACUGAUGUGCAUUUCUCAGUGUAACACAGACAAGACACCCAGAAACUGAGGAUGAAUUUCCACUGAUCAGCAGAGUGGAUUGAGACCUCAGAGAAAUUGGUAGAAGGAUUAAAACGGUAUAGGAAAUAGACUUGGUUGGAAGACAGCAACCCAUUUUUUUUAGGUGGAAGCAGUAGUAUCUGGCUCAAGGAUUCAGAGGAGAGGGUAGAAAUGGACUUUGAUGUUUGAAGCCCUACCACAGAUAGGAGAGAGAGGGAAUUUGGGCAGAGACAGAGCUCACUGCCCUUGCCAUCACUGACACAAUGGGACAGCCACCCCUGGGGCACCACCUGUAGCUGCCUUCCCUCGGCUCAGCCCUCUCCCAAACUGCCAUAGCACCAGGCUGCCUUCCCAGAGUCACUAUGGGGGCAAAACUGGCAGCAGAGCUUUCACCAUCUUACUUUCUGUCCCACUCUGUUGCCCUUAGCAACUCCUGGUGCCUAGACCUGGCUGUAUGAAUGGUCUCAAUGCAAUUUAGCCAUGUUUUGUGGUCACCAUGGCUCUAUUUUCCUGGCAGUACAGGGCAAGAAACACUGUUUUCCUUUCCUUUAUGCUCUUGUAAGCUGAUGCAAAUGCUCCCGUUGACUUUAUUGGCCACGAGUGGCUUUUAGGUAUAUAUCAUGCAUUGCCAUAGAAUGACAGCCAUGUGAUUUAAUGUGCCUCUAUUCAGCACUUUUGCCAUUCUGUAAUUAGAUUCCUGAGAGCCUUGUUAGUAUAGGGUCCAAUUUUUUCCCUGGGUAAUUCUGUCUUUCAGUAAGGUAAGCAGUCUUGUGGAAAACAGAAGUCUGGUCAGACUAGUUGGAUAUGUGGGGUUUUUUAAAAUGGGUAUUGUGUAAUAAUUUUUGAGUUUGUGCACUGUAUCAAUGUCUUACCUUCAUCAUGUCAGCAGGCUGAAAUACUGAAAUACAGAACUCUACAAUGAUGAAGAAAGCAGUUCAUGUAGUUCAUUUUCUUCUGUUACCUAUGCAAGCAUGUCUGUGUCUUCUGAUAAUAAAAAUCAAUACAUAUAUCAA